AUGCCACGAGCUCUUUGUGACGGUGGAUGUCAAAACGGUGGGACAUGUACCUCCCCAAACAGGUGCAACUGUCCGAAAGGAUUCUCUGAUAGUCGCUGCGAAACAGCUCUUUGUGACGAGGAAUGUCAAAACGGAGGGACAUGUUCAUCCCCAAACAAGUGCAGCUGUUCGGGUGAAUUCUCGGGCAUUCAUUGCGAAACAGCACUUUGUGGCGAUGGAUGUCAAAAUGCUGGGACAUGUACCUCCCCAAACAGGUGUAGAUGUCUCGAUGGAUUCUCUGGCAGUCAUUGCCAAACAGCACUUUGUGGCGAUGGAUGUCAAAACGCUGGGACAUGUACCUCCCCAAACAGGUGUAGAUGUCUCGAUGGAUUCUCUGGCAGUCAUUGCCAAACAGCACUUUGUGGCGAUGGAUGUCAAAACGCUGGGACAUGUACCUCCCCAAACAGGUGUAGAUGUCUCGAUGGAUUCUCUGGCAGUCAUUGCCAAACAGCUCGGUGUGACGAAGGAUGUCAGAACGGUGGGACAUGUACUUCCCCAAACAAGUGCAGCUGUGCGGAUGGAUUCUCUGGCAGCCGUUGCGAAUCAGCUCUGUGUGACCGUGGAUGUCAAAACGGUGGGACAUGUACCUCCCCAAACAGGUGCAGUUGUCCAAAAGGAUUCUCUGCUAGUCGUUGCGAAACAGCUCUUUGUGACGGUGGAUGUCAAAACGGUGGGACAUGUACCUCCCCAAACAGGUGCAACUGUCCGAAAGGAUUCUCUGGUAGUCGUUGCGAAACAGCUCUUUGUGACGGUGGAUGUCAAAACGGUGGGACAUGUACCUCCCCAAACAGGUGCAACUGUCCAAAAGGAUUCUCUGGUAGUCAUUGCGAAACAGCUCUUUGUGACGAGGAAUGUCAAAACGGAGGGACAUGUUCAUCCCCAAACAAGUGUAGCUGUUCGGAUGAAUUCUCGGGCAUUCAUUGCGAAACAGGGCCAUCGUAUAGAAUUCGGGUGAAAACCGCUUACUACAGAAACCUUUUCUCGGGACACCAAAAUGUUUCCAUCAAGAUUUAUGGAAGCAAAGGAACAAUAGAUUGGACACAAUUAAAACAAACACUAAACCGUGGGGAAAUUACAGAAGAAUGGCUGAAUACGGAAAAUAUUGGACAGAUAAAGAAGAUUGUUCUUUCCACUGGAGGAGGCGAGUUAUGGAGACCAGAUUAUGUUACCAUUCAUGUUAAAAACACGAACAAUUUAUACGUGUUUCGAUUUAGCAUGUGGGAUUUCUUUCAUCGCGGAAGUACAGAUGUUUACCCCGAAGGACACUGCUCGAGGCCGUUUAUAAAUCGCCCUUUGGCUCAAGAAUUGAGAGGUCAAGUUAUACAGGAUAUAAAAGCAAGAGUUGAAACAGAGUGCCAGAUUCAGUGCCUUGAACACCCCAAGUGUAAAACGAUUGUUUAUAACAAACGUUCGGAAUACUGCACAGCAUAUGAUUAUGGCCAAACGAGGCAACGGGUCGACGGGAUUGUCUUUGAGCUAUUGCCAUGCUAUGGAAGAAAUGGAUAGAACACGAGCGAUUUCUCAACCACAUUAUUCCACUUUACAUUUGGGUUUUGUUCGUAAAGGGUGUUUAAAUAUUAGUUUACUUUAAUGAAUGACGCAUGUGACUUAGUUUAUACUUGUCUGCGGUUUCAAAUGAUUGAUCAAAUAUAAACCAGUUGGAGACAGUGAAAAGGUUAACUGAUAGGUUUGUUCGUUUUUAAAUGUUAUCCAGUUCUGUUUUUGUUUUCGUGUUUCAGUGCUUAUUUCAUUAAGUACUCAAACACCGACUCGAUGCCUUAGUGAAACAUAUGCCAUCAUUAAUUUUACACCUUUCACGUCAUGUUUUAGUUCUUUACUUUUUUCGAAAGUAAAACAAUAUAUAAUGGCUUUUAAAUAUUUUGUUCUUAGAAAUAUUUUUAUUUAUAAUAAGUACGCGUAUGGUCUUGGGUAAUCAUUUUCAAGCCCAUAAACUCGAAAUGGAGUUUAGACAUCUGUGAGAAAAAAAAUCACUUACGGGAUCCGCUUUAUAAGAACAAACAUGUUUUUGCAAUUCUGAAAAUCACAAAUAUCUAUUCUGAAGUAAUAGUAAUUAUAUACAGUUUUGCGUUUUAAUAAGUUUAUACCUUAUAAUUGAUAUAACUGAGUUGGCGCAACUGUUCUAUGACUUCUUCAUGUGAAUACGUUAUUAAUGAACGCUAUGAAAGCGUUGAAAGGCUGGAGGGUCGACGCGUGUGAUUUUACACUUUUUUACAAUUCUGUUCACAGGCAUUAACACUCGAAUCCAAACAAUAUUUCAAGAGGCCCACACCUGUAAACGAUAAGUGUCUAUCAUUAUCUUUUAAUGAGUAAUGUUUAAUGAAUAAUACAAUUAUAUGGUUUAAUAGUAGAUGUUAACUGACAUAUACUGUGAUAUAUUAACAUUGCUUCAUCGUAACGUUAACAAGCUCAUUCAUUAUCUAUUUUCCUCGGUUCCUCACUAUGAUUAUUUAAGAUUCUUCGAUUUAUUUUCAAAAUCACAUUAACGUUGCAAUCGUAUGAGCGUAUAUAUAUGAAGCGAAUCAAGUCCAACCAUUUAUAACACCAUAUAUGUCAUUUUGUAUUCCAGACUCAUUAAUAUGGAGUGUCAAGUAAAAUAAAAAUUCACGAUUACCGAUUUCGAUACACGAUGUAAAUGUAUGUUAAUCCGCGGCCUGCAACCUUAAACAAUUGAAUGAUUAUACACACACCUCGAUCAACUAAACAAAUGCUCGUGUCAGUUGGAAGAAAAACUUUAAAUGGCCAAACAACACUAUUCAGUUCGGUCAUUUAUUUUGAAGUAAUAAGAAAGUGCACAUAUUUUGGUGUCAUUUACAAGUAUAGUUUUUCUUCAAUGACAGGCCUUUUUCCAUACGGUUUUGUGACACAUGACACACUGCACAUGACUUAAUAUCAUAUAUGUUUAUAUAUACGUAAAUCUAUACAAAUAUUUUUAAUUAAAUAGUUAAGCAGCACACUGCUUUGAUUUGCAUUUUGCAUUUUGCUGAUAAACAUGUCUAGGAUUGCAUGUGUUGUACAUGUUGAGCGUAUUUGAUGGUAAAAAGGUUUGUGUCAAUGUCUUGGAUAAAGGUUGGUUUGUGUCAACUGUCUGUGUGUAUGCGUUUUCGUUUCGUCUUUGUCGUUUGACAAUACUUUCUCAGUGCUAUUGAACUUUGUCCAGUUGGUAUUUUUGCUACUGGGCUUAUCCAACAAUGCUUCGUCUACAUACAUUUUAAUAAGGUAUCAGAUGUAUUUAGACAUAUAAGCUUUAUCUUUAUUACUAAUUUAACAUAGGAAAACCUUCCUAAAUCGACUUAUAAUACAACAUACAUCUCAGCUAACGAGAUUGCAGACAAGCAAACAUUAAGUAGUAGACUUAAUCAUUUAAUAUUCAAUUUUCGCGCGUGUUUAAAGAUCCGCAUACUGCCAAUCAUCUGAUACACACUCCCUGCGUCAGAUUUUGCAACUACAAUGUAUCAGCAUAAAUGCAUCCUUCAUUUUACCCAAGAGGACUCCUUUUCAAGUCAAGUCAACACAUUUAUGAGUAAAGCAAGUGCCUCUUCAAUGGCAAGUAAUAUUUAACCUAAAAGUGUUAUACACGAUUUGUGUCUAAAUGGCUCAUUAACACCAGCUAUUUGCAAUUAUGAAAAAAUGAUUAAAUUGUUUAUUCAAAGUCAACAAUUUCUAUCAUAUGGAUUGGGUUAGUAGCAUUAGAGUUAUUGCCCCCUUGCUGAAUUCAUGAAAAAAAGUUGUUUAUCCCGCGCCAUUUAUAUACAUUUAUCGAUAGUAUGAAUACAUGGUAUACAUCUGCAAUUCAGUGCCGAAUGGCUAUGAUUUUCUUUUUUUCUUGCAAUUGUAUAACCUGGAGUAUAGCAUAUACUGUAUGUUUUCGUAAUAAUGUAUAUAUUGUUGUGUAUGGGCCGGUGGCCUGCAUAUCACGAAUAAAGUUUGAAGUUUUAA